AUGGGUGGAAGGGUCUGCAACUGGCCAAAUGCCCUUCAACCCGCAAAGAAACCCCAUGGUGCCGGUACUUUUCUGACGGGGAGGGUCUGCAUCUGGCCUGAUGCAACGCCUCAAGCCUGUACAAACCCAUACCUGAGCUGUACAAAUCCAUGUCACAAGGUUUGCAUCAGGCCGGAUGCAAGCCCUGAUCCCGUGAAAAAACCCCGCAAUGCCGGUACCUUUCUGACAGGGAGGGUCUGCAUCUACCCAGAUGCAAACCCUAAAGCCUGUACAAAGCCAUAUCUUAUGGGUGGAAGGGUCUGCAACUGGCCAAAUGCAAACCCUUCAACCCGCAAAAAAAAACCCGCGGUGCCGGUACUUUUCUGCCGGGGAGGGUCUGCAUCUGGGCACAUGCAAACCCUCAAGCCUGCACAGACCCAUGUCUGA